AUGACCACGUCGCCUGGUACCGGUGUCCAGAGUAGCUGUGAUCUGGCCUUUUUACCUCGGGAUAUUUUCUGGCUGAUUGCUUGUUAUUUGGCCCCCAGAGAUCUGGUCUGUUGUCGUCGUGUCUCACAGCCAUGGCGUGAAGCGUUCGGUAACCCGGCCAUCCUGGUCCCACUUAUGAAGAAGCAUUUCCCGUGGACACAAGAAGUCAAGGAUCUACGCGCUAGCUCUACAGAAUUAGAUGAUCAUCAUAUCCGCCAUCUUUUUGAUCAAGUCACCGCGCGAUACUUUUAUCUAGAACGCGGGAAGCCCCGCUCAAUUCAGAAACACCGUCUGUGCGACGACUUUGGCGGCGCAGGAGACCGAGAGUGGUUCCAGGUACAACCGUGGGAGUCGCAUGCUAGUCACGUCAGGCAAUUCGUGGAUCGCCAGUUCUCAGAAGCGUUAUGGACGCACGAUGAGGGACUCCUGGUUUACCCUAGUGCCGACCACCAAUGUCUAGUUCUUAUGGAUAUGAGCAAUGACCGGCAUUUCAUGGUUCCAUUAAUCAUUCGUGGCAAAGUCAUUCGAAGGGUACGGCUGCAAAUGCGCCUUCUAGUGGUCGAAUGGGCCGAAACCAAAGCCUUUCAUUGGCUUAAUGAUAGUGAUGGCGUGCAUCGUCAUUUUGCUUCAUCCUUCGAUGUGACCCCAAAUUCUGAUGCUGGCUGGACGGUUGCCCCGCGUAACGAAUGGAAGAUAAUGUUCCUUGGACACCCACUCAGUGAACGAGACCGGUUUUUUUCUGCACACACUGAUACGUAUUAUGUGAUCUAUAUCUGGCAACCCAAUCGAAGUCUGUAUACCGCGGAUGACGACGCACCCAUCGAGUCAUUAUUCGUAUGGGAUAUCUCUAAGUCUUCUUCAUAUCGACCGUCCCUAGAUCCCAUGGGCCGCCAAACGGGUCCUGACGUUGACGAAUCGCCCUCUAUCGUGACUAGGUUCGGUUUUCGAGAUCUUGAGUUCUUUGGAGUCCGCCAACGCGGUUGCCCAAGCAUUCAACAGCUUGAAGUCACAGAUGAUGGCCAAGCAGUCGUAAUAACAGAAAAUCUGAACACUUGGCUGACAACUUCGGACCCUCUUGGUUUACCUAUGACCAUAAGGACUACUAUUCCAUUGCAGGGCCAUGGCCCUCACUGGCGCGAAGAGAGUAAUUUGAUCCUAGCGCCUUACCGCGGCAAUUGCAACUUACAGGCAUCACCCUUGAGCGCCAUGGCCUUGUUUGUUGAAUGCUGGUACGGCAUAAUUGCCCAGGUGACUGAUCCGAAAGCCGGCCUUAGCUUCUGUCUGCAUUUUGAUCCAGUGCAAUGGGCCGAAAACGGGAGAGACAGUGAACAUAAGCAGCCUAUAAAAUUUUCUAUCCAGACUAUGGACUCGCAAACCACCACGGAUAACUUGGAUUUUACAGGACGUGGCAAAAUUAACGGUUGCGAACAUUACGUAGUCGGUGAAAAUCGCAACCGUGAACUGGUUAUAUAUAGAUUUGAUCGGUGA